ACUGCCAUUGUCUCUAUAUCCGUUUUAUUUUAUCUAAUGUAAACUUCAAUUUAUUCAUAACUUGACAAAUAAAUAAUAAAUUGAUAUUUUUGUUACAUUAACUUUUCUUUUCGCUUCGAUCCUCCUAAGAUAUUCCAUUAACACUCUAUAUAUAUGUAAUCUUAUUCAUUUAAAAUUACAUAAAUUCAUUUAGUCAAUAUGUUAUGAUCAAUAACAUUCACAAAUGUAUUCUUGAUGUUACUUCCAUGACCGAUAUGAUUCAUUCGAUGCGAUUGAUCAAAUUCGUGAGAAGAUCAUAUUGUUUCUUCCGCGUCAUCAUUUUCUUUCAGGAUUUCUUCGUACGAAUGAAACGGUUAAUUGUCGGGGAUGCCCCACCACUUUUCAGAAUCCACAGAAGAACCGAUAAAUCCUCAGGUGAGACAGUACGUGAUGAACGUGACAAGUUGUACUAAACUUCUAUUUCUCUCUAGAAUAUUUGUUGACAAUUUUGAUACAAAAUCAUUUUUUAUGGUGAAGUGCGAAUAAUCGUUUAAGAGUGAAAUUUUUUUUUGGAAUAUUUCAAUAUUGUUGAAGAUCUAAGAGUUUCAGGAUGGUGAGUGUAAUUAUCAAGGUUGCACUAUUGCUGUGUAUUCUUCAAUUGAUCGUAGAAGCAGUUCAUCAGUCGCCGUGUCCCCAAUACUUUCGAUAUAUUUCGGAUUCUAUCACAGAUGAAAUCAUUGGUUUUGUUGAGAUACCAUCGCCACCGAAAGGAAUUCCUUUGACACUUAUUGUCAAAUUGAAUAUCGGCGUUAUAUUGCCAACGAAUUAUCUUGGUAAAUUAGAAUUAGCACAACCGAAGGAACAAUCGAUUAGAGAAGUCAUGCAGGGUAGGCCUUUAUAUUAUAAAGUCCAUUUUCCACUUCCUUGGCCCAUACCCAUUUUAACUGAUUUAUGGUUUAACGAUGAACACAUCUGUUCAGGUCCAAGCGCAAGUCAACCAAUAAUGACGUCCAUUACCCUAAAACAUACGCUGUAUCCUCCUUCGUUAAAGCUCAAUUUCGAUUCAAAUAUUAAUUUUCCUCAGCCCUUGCCAAACUUUCCAUCCAUUCAAGACAAUCCACCAGUGGAAUAUCAGCCAAUCGUCACUCCAUCAUCUGAGAAAUCCGUGUCAAUCAGCAAGCAAAAUAAGGUGGAGUGUGGUAGAAGCAGCAUUAACAAGUUCAAUCUUCUAGUGGCUGGAGGAACGAAUGCAUUUCGGGGUCAGUGGCCCUGGCUGGUUGCAAUUUUUGUCGCCAAAAAGAAUUUCGAGUUCCAAUGUGCGGGAACAUUGAUUACUAAUAAGCACAUUAUUACAGCUGCACAUUGUUUGCUAAUAGGCAAUAUUAAUUUACCUCCUAAUACAUUGGUAGUAUCCUUGGGACGCUAUCGCCUUCGAGAUUGGUUUGAAACGGGUUCUGUGAAUGGAGAAAUAGCAGCGUACCAGCUCCAUCCUAAUUUUGACAAAGGGAGCAGUGCUGAUGCGGAUCUAGCAGUGUUGAGUCUGAGAGAUAAAGUGGAGUAUAAUGAUGUAAUCAGACCAAUCUGUCUCUGGACAGGACCUGCGCUUCUUGCCAAUGUUGUGGGAAGAUCUGGAUACGUGGUCGGAUGGGGACGUGAUGAAAAUGGAAACCGCCAUCUGCAAGCGCCUCGACAGAUCGAAGCUCCCAUUGUACAUCAGGAGGAUUGUCACUGGAGCAAUUCAGAUUUCGUCUUGUUCACUUCGAACCGGACAUUUUGUGCAGGUUUGAGAAAUGGAAGUGGUCCUUGCAACGGUGAUAGCGGAAGCGGUUUCGUGAUGUACGAUAAUAAAACGGAUCGUUUCUAUUUGCGAGGAAUCGUUUCGAGAUCCUUGUUGAAUAGAACCACCAUGUCUUGUGAUUUAAAUCAGUAUAUAGUUUACGUGGACGUUGCACAACAUUUGGAAUGGAUACAAAAUAUGAUCUCCUCGUAGAACAAUUUUUUAUUGUGAUCUGUAACUGUAAAUAUGUUAGUUAUUAAUUUUUACAUAUAAGUUAUUAUUUUAUAAUUAAAAUUUAAAAUAAUUUGCUUAUAAUCUGUAAAAUAAUACCAAAUCAAUAACGAGUCGAUUGAUGAUAAUUUAAUCUCUCGUGACUGUAAAACGUAAAGUUUAAAAGCAAUGUAUGCGAUAUUUCUGGACUGCUUAUAUUAGCUGUAC